AUGACUGUCGAGGAGGCCCUCCCCGAGGUCCUGAAGCAGGCCAUGUACGUCGAUGGUCUUGCCCGUGGCCUCCACGAGGUUGCCAAGGUCCUCAGCAAGGGCAGCGCGCACCUGUGCGUUCUGGCCACCAACUGCGACGAGCCCAACAUCAUCAAGCUGAUUGAGGCUCUGUGCGCUGAGCAGAAGAUCAGCCUCCUGAAGGUUGAUGACAAGAUGAAGCUCGGUCAGUGGGCUGGUCUGUGCAAGCUCGACCAGGAUGGCAACCCCCGCAAGGUUGUCAAGUGCAGCUGCGUCGCCGUCACCAACUACGGUGUUGCUGGCCAGGCUGUCGAGGUCAUCAACGACCACUUCAAGGGCAAGUAA